UAUUCUAUCAAUUUUCAUCUCCUAUGUUGUCUGGAGAAAUGUGGGAUCUCAACGGCUCGCCGGAUCGGACGAGGUACGACGACUCGGAGGGCGGCUCCGGCGAAAAAGGGAAACGGGUCGGGUCAGUUUCGAACUCGGGCUCGUCGGCGGCGAUGGUUGAGGACGGCUCCGACGGCGAGGACGCUGGGAGAUCCGGCGGCAGGCUCUUCGGGUUCUCGCUGGGUGGGGGCCGGAGCUCGUCUCCGGUGACCAGGCAGUUUUUUCCGGUGGAGGAGCAGGGGACGGCGGCCGAUUUCCCGAGGGCGGCUCACUGGGUGGGGGGACUGUGGAAAACAGUUUUUUUGUGCACCAAUAGGCUUCUAAGCCAAACACGCCUUAACUCCCCAGGCUCGUUUAAGUUGACUAACAAUCACGAUCAACGAUUUGGAACGUUCAAUCGAACAAACGAACCCCAUCAUCACACAUUUGGUCAAAUGCUUCCGUUUAACUCGUUGAAUCAUCGUUUACAGCAAUGGCAAACGAAUGGUAAUAAUUUUCAAGGCGUUCCAGUUUUUGCCAAUGCUGCAGCAUCAUCAGGAUUCCAGAUGAGACCCGGUAAUAAUAAUAAUUAUAAUAAUAAUAAUAAUAAUAAUUAUAAUAAUUGGUCGCAACAAAACGGGAUUCAGUUUUCUAACCGACCCUCG